AUGCAAAUUUCUCAAGCACUUGGCACGCAGCCCGCAUGCCCUUUUCCAUGUAUCGAAUCCUUAGCAAAUCGCGACUUCCCGAAACACAACCACCGACUCCAGAACGUUCCGGAAACGAUUCUCUUCUCGGUAUCUCCUCUUUCGCGGAGAUAUUUUUCACUCCCUAUAAAUUCUGCUCGCCAGUUCCCAAACGCUGAUGAUUGCAUCGGCUCAAGUUCAUCCAUGGCUGCUGCAGCGGAACAGCGACGAUCGGCGGCCUCCUUCUACUCCAUUCUUGGUGUCUCGCGCGAUGCCUCCCUCGCCGAGAUUCGUGCAGCUUAUCGUCAGCUUGCAAUGACAUGGCACCCGGAUCGGUGCGGGAGAGAGCGGGUUCAAGUGGCUAAUAGACGGUUUCAGCAAAUCCAGGAAGCUUACGAAGUUCUAUCCGAUGAAAGAAGGAGGGCUAUGUAUGAUGCCGGGCUUUAUGAUCCGCGUAAUUGUGAACAAGAUGGAGCAGAGGACAUUGAGGGUUUCUGGGAUUUC